AUGGAUCAAGUAUACCUCAACCUAUACAGCCCCGUAACGAUCGCAAAGUCGAAGCUAAACGACCUUCAUCUCACCACAGAGCGAGAAGAAUACGAUCAUAACUUUGUCUUCGAGGUACGACCUCUAACAUCAGAUCGAGUGGAACUUGUGCCGUUCAUUGAGCCAACUAUCAAAAGAUGGUUAGGGAUGGAUUUUUGCACCUUGGAAGAUGUGGGGGAAUGGGUGGAGAAGACGAUCCGUCAAGAGCCCUCCGCAAUGUUCUUCGCCAUCUAUUCCGACGCUCCCGGUUCUCAUAAGCCCACACCCAGGAAAGAAUGGGAGUUCGCAGGAGUCAUUGCAUUGAUCAAUGUUCACAAAGCGGAUAUGAUCGCUGAGCCAGGGCAUAUCCAGAUUGCUAAGCCAUAUCAGCGCACACACGUCCUGACUCAUGCAGUCGGUCUCAUCCUCCACCAUAUCCUCGACUCACCAAUCGUCAUGACAUCAUAUAGACCAGAGGUCAUUGAGGCAGGGGGCUGUUUGGACAUUUCGAUGGACGGAGCUGGUAAGAAGGAGUUAGGAGUGACAAAGAAAACACUUUCGGGGAGCUUAGGAUUGAGAAGAUGCCAAUGGUUCACCAAUUCGCUGAACGACAAAUCUCGCGCCGCCGCACUUCGUCUUGGCUUUACAUUCGAAGGCUUGAUCAGGAAUCAUCGAUUACUGCCUGAUGGGAAAGAAGGGUCAAGGGAUCCACGUCCGGAUUCGUACAACCCCAACACCAGAGGAAGAGAUUCGUGGCUCGCCUCUAUCAUCUGGGAAGAUUGGGAAGGAGCAGAUGGCAAAAGAGCGCACAUCGAUUCUCUUAUGUCUCGGCGAUAA